AUGCAGUUGCAGAUCUGGGACACAGCUGGCCAGGAGAGAUUCCGAACUAUCACACAGAGUUAUUACCGCAGCGCCAACGGAGCAAUCCUAGCCUAUGAUAUCAGCAAGAGAGGCUCCUUCCUGUCCAUUCCUCGCUGGAUCGAGGAUGUGAGAAAGUAUGCUGGUUCCAACAUAGUGCAGUUACUGAUCGGAAACAAGUCUGACCUAAGUGACCUUCGAGAGGUUCAGCUGGAAGAAGCUCAGAGUCUGGCUGAACACUAUGAUAAUAUCAUCUGUGCCAUAGAGACCUCUGCAAAAGACUCCAGCAAUGUGGAGGAGGCUUUUGUGAAGAUGGCUACAGAGCUCAUGAUGAGACACGGGGGCCCUAUGUUCAGUGAGAAGAAUACUGACAGCAUCAAGCUUGACAGCAAAGACGUUGUAGAAGGCUGGGGGUGUGGUUGCUGAUAUGAGCUAGGUGAAAUCCCUGACUUUACUGGAAUUUAGAUGGUGCUUUACCCUAAUGCUGAGUAGCACAGUAGCCAUAUUCUCCUCCUCCUGUGAAACCAGCCAUUUUGUAGAAGUUAGUUAGACACAAUCCUGGUUGCUUUGGUGUCUUUUUUUUUUUUUUAUAAGGGGACUUCUGAGAGGUAGUCCUAAAAGUUAGGCCCUUUGAAAAAACUUAAUCAGCAUUUUUCCCUGCCAUUUCCUUUUCUGUAACCAUCAUGCCAGGUACGACAGUGGGAAAAAAAACUUUUAACUGGUGAUGCAGGGUAGGAGACGGAUGGUUGGAAAAGGCUGCCUCACAUCCAAAGUACUGAAGCACUUAGUAUGGAAUUGUUGGCAAAGAAGGUUACUUUUAGAAUAGGCACGCUUGACAGCAUCUCUUCAAAUCCUCAGCGCUCCGCCAGUGACCAGAAAGCCUAGAAGUGACAGGAGUGUCUUUGAUAAAGGUAUUUCAAUUUCCAAAAUACCCACAAUACAGGACCAAAUAGCAGUCAUCUGUCCAAGGGCAUAUGGAUUGCUAGCUAGUAAUGGAAUGGGCCCAGGAAGGGCAGCCUUCUCUCAGGUUGUUUUUUUUUUUUUUUUUUCAUUUUCUUAAGUUAUCAUUUUAACAGAUAGCAAAAUCACCCUGAGUGGUAUCACACUGAUAUCUGACUUACUGUCAGGCAGGGUUGGACCAGUUUAGUCAUUUUAAAUAUAGUCUUGAGAAGAGGGAAAAUGUAUUGCAUUUGUUACUGUUUGCAGUGAUAGUUCCCUUUUACAAGUGAGUGUCAUGGAUUUUUUGCCCUCAGGUCUAUUAAUUUCAUUUGAAACUCAAGACCUGCACCACUGGAAACAGGAACUGGAGAAAUCUUGAACUGAGUGGUAGCCAUGAUCCCUUGCCACGUGCCUCACGGUCAUAUACAGGGUUAAUUCAGAUCAUACCUUUGACAUAAUGUUACCAGAGAGUUUAUUGUUUAAGUGGUAUAAGUAGGAUUCGGUUGAUUUUUAGCCAUCUUUUUUAAAUAUAAUCUGGGCAUGUAAUUAGAAAGAAGACUUCACAGUAGCUGAGAACUGCAUGCAUUGCAGCUUUUUUGUUUUAAGAGUCUAGCAUCUUCAUGAGGGAUUGCCUCCCCCCUUUCUACUCCUCUACUUCUCUCUCCCUGUCACUAAUUACUGUUUGUUUCUUAAAACAAUUCGCCGGGAAAAUCUUUUACUGUUGAUCAAAACUCACAUUAUGAAGUAGAAUAGAUUUCAUAAUCAUAUAGUUGUCUUUCAGAUUCAGCUCUAUACUGCAUGUUGUAGAUACAGUUGAAAUGCUGAUGGCAGCAGUCCUCCCUGGAUUUACAUGCUGAAGCACCUCAUAAACUCAGAUUAGAAAAAGGAGCAGAAGCAGGCUUAUCUUUAGAUCUGCACUUAAAGCAAAGGUGUUCAGAAGCAACCAGUGAUUUUUCCAGUCUAGAUACUUUAAAGUAGCUCAUUUACAGAAAGCACCCACAUGAAAUGAAGUUACUUUGUUCCUUCUGAAAAUCUUGGAUCUUGGUGGAUUGGUUUGCUACCAGGUUUACACCUGUUUUUAGCCAUUCAGCAUAUCCGGCAUCAUGAAAGUCUGGAAGACUGAAGAAAGGGCUAUUAGAUCCUAAUUUCAGUGCUAUUCAUUUUCAUACAGAAAAUAUUAAAUCAUUCCUUCGUCUUUCUGUUUGUGGGCUUUUGUUGUGUUUUUUUGUUUGUUUGUUUGUUUUUUAAAGUAUGAUGUAGGAUUAUUGAAGAAUUGCUUGGCUUUGUAUCCUGUUUGCUUCUAAUCUAAGGGACUAGAUUUCAAGUUUUAUAGUUGUAAGACUGAAAGGGCUUUACAUUUUUCAAUUAGCACUGUUUUCAUAACUGUUUUAUACGGAAGGGCAGACUAAGCCACAGUAUUCAGUAGCAUUUUGGGGACACACCCAGUAGCAUUUGCAGGACAUACCCAGCUCUCCUACAUCCAAAGAUAGCAGGCAGUGAGUUCCCAGUGGUAACUAAAAACCAAAAAUUAGAAUCAUCCAAACUCUGCCUGUUAUUAGAAAUCAUGCAUUCCACUCCCAGGAAAAUCUAUGAAGACAGUCCAAGCUAAAAUUCAGUCCUGAUUACUGUUUUUCCUCCUGGUUAGAUGGUCUUUAAGCUGCAGAAUAUUGGCAAGCAUUGGACUUAUCAUGACUUCUUAUAGUUUACAUCUUUAGGUUACAGUCCUGCAGGUCUGCAUGCAUGCA